AUUGACUGACUAAUUUUUGAUCGGAAGAUUUCCCGUUGACCUAACCCUAACCGGAGAGAUGGAUUCAAUUAUAUCCACAGCACUGGAUGAAAUCUGUUCUCAGGGAAACACAGGGAUCGCUCUCGUUUCUUUAUGGUCACGUCUCUCUACUCUUUCUUCUUCCGUGAAGGUUCAUGUAUGGAGAAAUCUUCUCACGAUCCCUCAGCUCCAAUUCAAGACGAAGAACAAUGUGUACGGAUCAUCAGAUACUUCUAUUCAACAGCUUGACGAUGCACUAAGACUCGAUUUAAGGAUCAUCGCUAAUGAGAACUUACGAGCUAACUUCGUUGGAUUAUACGAUACUCAGUCGAAUAACACGACUAUUCCCGCGAUUCAGCGUCGUGUUCUUGAACGUUUGGCUAUUGCUAGAGACAAUGGAGAUGCACAAAAUCUGCUUGCUAAAGAGUUUGGUAUCGAAGGAAGGAACUUCUUCUAUAGUGUGAAGCAGCUUGAAUCUCGAGGUUUGAUUGUUAGGCAACCAGCAGUUGUGAGAACUAAAGAAGUUGAUUCCAAAAAUACUUCAUGUAUUACCACCAACAUGAUAUACUUAACUCGUUACGCCAAGCCUCUGGGUUCGCAACAGAGGUUUGAGAUUUGCAAAGAGGACUCUGGGUCGGAGCACGAGGCUACUGCCGCCGGAGAUAGUCUGAAAGAGGACACACAUAUUAACGAUUUUUUGCCAGCAAUGCAGGCAGUUUGUGAUAAGCUCGAAGAAGCUACCGAGAAAGUUUUAGUCGUCUCGGAUAUUAAGCAAGACCUUGGUUAUAUGGGAUCAAAUAUAAGGCAUAGAGCUUGGAGAAGUGUUUGUCGCCGGUUGAUAGACUCUCAUGUUGUAGAGGAGUUUGAUGCUAUGGUGAACAAUAAGGUUGAAAGAUGUCUCCGUUUGUUAAAAAGAUUUUCAGCAGAAGAUUUUAACUACUCUAGGAAAAAGCAACUCCUAAAGUUUGGAAGGAGUAUUCAAAAAACAGAACAGACGUUGGAGCUUCCAAUAGAUAAUCAAAUUUAUGAUAUGGUUGAUGCUCAAGGAUCUAAAGGCUUGGCUGUUAUGGAGGUAUGUGAAAGACUUGGGAUUGAUAAGAAGAAGAUCUAUCCUCGGCUUUGUAGUAUUUGUUCAAGAGUUGGUAUGCAUUUACAGGCAGAAAGCCACAAGAAGACUCGAGUAUUUCGAGUUUGGAGUUCUCGUCAUACUCGGUCUGAGUCUUCUGAUAUGUUUCCUGAUAAAGCUGAAAAUAUUAGAGGGGAAAAUAUUGAUUUUAGUAAACCUCAUGGUACUGGUGGAUUGGCUAAGACCUCUACCAAACAUAGUUUUAAAGUUUCAGAUGCUGACAUCUAUACACCUACAACGUUAACUGAUUCUGAAAGGAAUUCAGGAGCCAAAAGAAGAAAGGUGGUUACACGUCGUAACUUACAAGAAUCAUUCAAUGAGAUUGGUGAUAAGGUUGUUGAUACUGCAAAGGAGUCCCCUGAUUUACCGAAGUCGGCUAAAUCAAAAGUGCAGCAACCUCAUGCUACUAUCGAAAACUCUCGGAGAGAGCAGAGAAUACUUGAGCGCUUAAAUGAGGAGAAGUUUGUUUUGAGAGCGGAGUUCCAUAAAUGGCUUCUAAGUUUUGAGAAAGACAGGAGCCCUAAGGUGGAUAGGAAAACCAUUUAUAGAAUUCUAAACAAGCUUCAAGAAAAAGGGCUCUGCAAAUGCAUUGGUGUUCGUGUUCCAAAUGUAAAUGAUUGUGGUCGUAGUCGUUGCUCUGUAAUAGUUUUGCAUCCAUCUGUUCAAGAAUUGACUCGAGACGUAGGAAAUGAAAUUCAUGAAAGGAUUAGGUCUUUUGAAUUAGGAUUCCGUAGCCAGAGAUUAUCGAAGAGGAAAAGCGACGAGACGAUUCCCGUAUUGAAUGUCGUUCAGAGAGGUAGAACUAAUGCGGAUUUAGAUGCGCGAGUUAGCAAAUCAGGAGCUAUGCAAGCCAAAGGGGUUGUGCUUGCAAAGAUGGUUCGUGUGAAGCUUCUACACUGUUUCCUUUGGGACUAUUUUAGUUCUUUGCCUGGGUGGGACAAUGCCUUUUCUUCUAUACAUGAUCAUAUAUCUGAGAAUUUGUUUUCACUUAAAGAUGCUUUUAGAGCCAUGCCACUCCAACUAUUUUUACAAGUUGUUGGAUCUACUCAGAAAGCUGAUGAUAUCAUGAAGAAAUGCAAACAAGUUAUGCGUCUUUCUGAGCUUCCUAGCGACGAGUAUAAGCUUCUAAUGGAUACUCGUGCCAUUGGGGUAUUAUCGAUGCUUAUUGAUAUUUUACGCCGGUUAAAGUUGAUUCAGAUGGUAAGUGAUAGACUCAGACGUGACGAGAUUGAGGAGAAGUAUGCUAAUUUAACACAUGCAGUGGAGCUUAAACCUUAUAUAGAGGAACCUUUGUUUGUUGCUGCUAAAUCCGAUGUCACGUCUCUUGAUUUUCGUCCGCGUAUUCGACAUGACUUUAUUCUAUCAAAUAGAGAUGCUGUUGAUGAAUAUUGGCUUACUCUAGAGUAUUGCUAUGCUGCUGCUGAUCACAGAGCUGCUAAGCAAGCAUUUCCGGGAUCUGUUUCUCAAGAGGUUUUUGGUAUCCGCUCUUGGGCCUCAGAUCAUGUCAUGACAGCGGAACAGCGUGAGAAGCUCUUACAGUGUAUUGCAAUAGAUAAGAAGGAAAAACUCUCUUUCAAAGAGUGUGAGAAGAUUUCUAAGGAUCUGAACCUGACCAUAGAGCAGGUUAUGCAUGCUUAUCAUGCGAAGCAUGGAAGACGCGUGAAAUCAAAACCAAAAGAUAAAACUUACGCUGUAGAAAAGAGUCCUUCAUCUUCCAGGAAAAGAAAAAGAACAUCUCUUGUAAAGCCUACAGGAGAAGGUGUCAGAUCCAUAAUAGUAGAUGGACAGAAGGUUCUGAAUUCUGAAGCCACCGAUGCCUCAAAUAGUGAGAAUGUUCAAGAGGACCAAACCCCCAUUCCGAUGCAUCAGGAUAAUCAACAAGAAAAUGCAGAGAUUAGCGAUCUUACUGAAGAUGAAGUUCAGUGUUCUUCUAUCAUCAACCAGCAUGCAAGUUCAAAGACUACAUCAACUUCUUCACAAAGAUUUUUGUGGACAGAUGAGGCGGACAGGAAAUUGUUGAGUAAAUAUGUUAGACACCGUGCAGCUCUUGGGGCAAAAUUUCAUGGAGUAAAUUGGGCUUCAGUUCCAGAACUACCUGCACCUCCUUUACCUUGCAAGCGACGGAUUCAAACAUUGAUGAAGAAUGAUAAAGUUCGGAAGGCGGUCAUGAGGCUUUGCAAUCUGCUCAGUGAGCGUUAUGCAAAACAUCUAAAGACGGAAUCCGGUUGUGUUGAGCAUCGUAAAGAUGAAGGAAAAUGGGAUGACUUCAAUGAAAAGAGUAUAAGUCAAGCCUUUAAUAAUGUUCUUGAGCUCAAGAAGAUGGCUAAACUGGUGCCCUCUAAACGGACUAGACCUGCAAUUCACUCAGAGGACAUUCAAACUGUUACUAUGGAUCAAGUUAAAGAUACAUCUCGACGAGCUGGACAUUAUCGUCUUCAUCAAAUUUUUAAGCAUGUAGAUGAAAAGGACAAUGGUAGUGUACAAGUGCAGAAAUCUCUGGUAGUAUCUACCGCUGUAGAACUGUUGAAGCUUGUCUUUCUAAGCAUGCCUACUGCACCUGGUAUGCCAAAUUUGCUAGAAGAUACCUUACGACGAUAUUCCGAGGGUGACCUCUUCACCGCCUAUAGCUACCUCCGAGACAAAAAUUUCCUGGUUGGUGGAAGUGGUGGACAACCAUUUGUGCUUUCUCAGAACUUUUUGCAUAGUAUUUCAAAGUCACCAUUCCCGGUUAAUACUGGGAAAAGAGCUGCCAAGUUCUCAAGUUGGCUUCUCGAACACGAAAGAGACCUUAUGGCUGGGGGAGUCACUCUUACUUCAGAUUUGCAAUGUGGUGAUGUUUUGAAUUUCUUUUCAUUGGUUGCUUCUGGUGAACUCUCUAUAUCUGUAUCCUUACCCCAAGAAGGUGUUGGAGAGCCUGAACAUCGAAGAGGUUUAAAACGUAGAGCUGAUGACGUAGAAGAAUCUGAACUUGAUAGUGCUAAGAAAUUUAAGCUGUUAGGUGAAGGUGAAAUCAACGUCCGAAAGGAAAAAGGUUUCCCUGGUAUCGCAGUAUCUGUUCGUCGUAUAACUAUACCAAUAGCGAACGCAAUAGAGUUGUUUAAGGAUGAUGACUCUUGUUCUGGUGAACUUCUUUUCAAGUCGGGAGAAACAAAUAGUGGCUGUGGUUCUGAUGAUAUGAAAGAACUUUUCAACUCUACGGAUGCUACUGUGAUACCAAGUAGUUUAAGUGAUUCUCCUUGGCAAGCGAUGGCCAGUGUUGCUAGUUGUAUUAUGUGCGGAUCUGCAGAUGAGCAACUUUGUUUAUUCAGUCCCCGGGUUUUCGAAGCCGUUUCCAAUGCUAUUCAGAAGGCUGGUGACCAAGGGCUAAGCAUUGAAGAAGUCAACUGUCUUAUUAAUAUUCCAAGCCAAGAAACUUGUGACUGCAUUGUAGAAGUACUUCAAACAUUUGGAGUAGCUUUGAAGGUAAAUGGCUAUGAUAAUUUCCGUCUUGUCCAUUCGCUCUACCGAUCAAAGUACUUCUUGACAUUGGAGGAUGGUGGAACUACCAGAAAUGGUCAACAGUCUCUACCAGUAAACUACCUAGAGAGGGCUUUGGAGGAACAUACGUCAAACGAUGAUUUCGCCAGCGGGUACAGUACUUCACAAGAUAAGCAAGAGCAUGUCGCUGUGAACAACGUUCACAAGGUUACAAUUCUUAACAUUCCUGAAACGGCAAAAACAAGCGAUUUGCACGAAGCAUCUAUCAAAUCUCCAUCUGUAACUUUUGGACCGGGUAUCGAAAGUGAAACAAAGGAAUCAACUUCUGAGAAGUCACUACCUAUGGCUAUAUUUCCAUGGAUAAACGCAGAUGGAUCAGUAAAUAGAGUUGUCUUCGAUGGACUAGUUCGCCGUGUUCUUGGUACCGUGAUGCAAAAUCCCGGUAUACCAGAGGACGAAAUCAUAAACCAAAUGGACGUACUAAAUCCUCAGAGCUGUAGAAAGCUUAUGGAGUUGAUGACACUAGACGGGUAUGUGAAAGUGAGGGAAAUGGUGCAAACUAAAUUCACCGGUCCUCCGUCUUUGUUAACCGGUCUUCUAUUUACCGGUCACAGAAAACCGGAGCUUAUCAGCCGCAAACACUUCUUUGCCAACUCCAAGGGACUCUUUGCCUUGUAAUAUAGUAAAAAGUAAAAAAUAGU